AUGUUCAGCAUAAACCUGUUGGAGAACCUGAAGGUUUACAUCAGCAGUCGACCUCCACUUGUGGUCUUUAUGAUCAGUGUGAGUGCUAUGGCAAUAGCUUUUCUGACACUGGGUUACUUCUUCAAAAUCAAGGAGAUCAAGUCACCAGAAAUGACAGAGGACUGGAACACAUUCCUCCUGAGGUUUAACGACUUGGACUUCUGUAUAUCUGAGAAUGAAACCUUAAAGCAUCUCAUCAAUGACACCACAACUCCAGAGAGCACCGUGACGAGCGGGCAGGCAAGGUCUACACAGUCUCCACAGCCCCUUGAGGACUCUGGGCCCAUCAACAUCUCUGUUACCAUCACGCUGACGCUGGACCCGCUCAGACCCUUCGGGGGAUAUUCUCGCAACGUCACACAUCUCAGUUCCACAAUUUUUGGGCACCAGAUUGGACUUUCAGGCAGAGAAUCCCAUGAGGAGAUCAAUAUCACAUUCACCCUGCCAGCUGCCUGGAAUUCAGAUGACUGUGUUCUUCACGGCCACUGCGAGCAGGUUGUCUUCACGACCUGCAUGACUGUGACAGCAGCCAGCAGUGUAUUUCCUGUCACAGUUCAGCCACCACAUUGUGUUCCUGAAACAUACAGCAAUGCCACGCUUUGGUACAAGAUCUUCACCACAGCAAGGGACUCUAACACAAAAUAUGCACAGGAUUAUAACCCCUUCUGGUGUUACAAAGGAGCAAUUGGAAAAGUGUAUCAUGCUUUAAACCCCAAGCUAACUGUUAUAGUUCCAGAUGAUGAUCGCUCUCUAAUAAAUCUGCAUCUCAUGCAUACCAGUUACUUUCUUUUUGUGAUGGUGAUCACAAUGUUCUGCUAUGCAGUUAUUAAAGGCAGACCAAGCAAACUGAGGCAAAGCAAUACAGAAUUCUGCUCUGAAAAGGUCGCUUUGUCGGAAGCGUAAAACCCCAAUCCUCCCAGCGACUGAGAACCGUAACCAUUGCCUGCUGAACCCAGAACGGGUCUUUAACAACUCUGUGAAUACAUUCU